AUUUAGUAGUUUCCUGAAGAGAAGAAGACGAGCUCCACAAUAACAAAGGUCUAAGAUGGAGGAAGUUGUGUUUAUCUUAAUUUUGUCUAAUGCAGUUCCUCAGCGGGAUAAAAUAGCAUAAGUCAUUUUGCAUAAUUUGUAUACAGUCGUGAUACAACAUAACAAAAUAAAGACACCUGCUGUAUAUCCAGCUGCAGUCGGCUUGUGGUGCUAUCCUGACAGCUAGCCUCUGUGCUGCCAAGUGACGCACAAACUAAUUACAACAGAGACCAAAGUGGUUAUGGAGGUGGAUGAGAUGGAGACGAGAAUCUUGGAGCUGCAUUCUGUGGAGAGGGCCGAAUCUGAUGAAGAAAGAGGUGAUGGUGGUGAAAGUAUGUCUGCUUCCCCAUGGAAGUCUGUUCCCUCCACAAAUGAAACUCCAAGGAAGAAGAACAGUUCUGACUCUCUCAGGGCCCUAAAAGAAGCAGUGGUGGUUUUGACCAGACUCCCUGAAUAUAAGAUCAGCGCUCUGCGACCACCGACGCCUGAGCAGUUCUACAGUGAAGACGAAUCCCUCAGCAGCUCUGAUUCGGAUAUGGAGUCGGAACCUGAAGUGUCAGAACCAGCCGCUGUCAUAAUAUCAUCAGCUUUCGCCCACUGCUCUGAAGAAAUCACAAAGGUCCGUCCUGAUUUGCCAGACGAAGACGUCAAAGUGGACAUGAUGGUUCUGGCAAGGAGAAGACACAUGAGAUGGCAGCGGGGAAAAAUGGUGGAAAUAAUAACAAGAGAAGAUGGACGGUUGAAGUACAAAGUAAGUUUUAAAGAAAAGGGGAAGAGCCUUGUGUCUGGUCACCACAUCGCCUUUGACACCACACCGAGGCUGGAGCAGCUGUAUGUUGGUGCUCGUGUGGUGGUCAAGUGUAAUGAUCGAAAGUUCCGGUCUGCUAUAUUGGCAGAGCUCCCCAGCAGAAAGAACCGACUAAGGUUCUUGGUCUUUCUGGAUGAUCACGUUCCGGUUUAUGUUGGUUUACCUUUACUUCACCUGGUGUGCAGACCAUUGGAGGAUGUAUCAGAGAGCAUUCCAGACGGCCCUCACAAGUGUUUCAUGAGGAGAUACCUGAAGGACUGGCCGUGCCCACAUUUAAUCCAUUACACCGCUGGACAGACCCUGAAUGUUGAACUCAAUGGAGUCCAGCAGAAGUGUGAGGUGCAGGUGGUUGACAGCAGCUUGAUACAGGUCGUUUUUCAGAAUAAUCAACACAAGGAGUGGAUUCAUCGAGGCUCCAUACGACUUGAACACAUGGCCAGAUUUUUGGAGUUGCAAGCAGCGCACGAGGAUGAUUCAGACUAAAAGUCCACAGACAGAGAUAUUAAAAAAGUCAUAUCUGUCAUUAUCACCCUAAAGUUAUGUGCCAGUUUUUUUGGGAAACAGUAAUUGAACCAUUUCAGCUCAAAAUAAGACUUACAAUUAUGAGAGGAGUGUGUGUGGGUUUUUUUUUUUUUAAAUGUUAAUAGGGUUCUGCAUAAUUAUGCAUAGAAAAAAUACUAAAGAAUGAUAAUUUUCAGUUUGUCCAGAAAUGUGAAUGUAUUUUAACACAACUUUUGGCAGAAUAUUAAAGAAGCUGUAAGUUCAAACAGGCAUGUCGCAGACAAGAAUAUUAGCCUUGUCUUCUAUUCUUUCUUUUUUUUUUGUACUGUGUUACAGAUGAGGCCUGUUUUGAUGGUUGAAAUUAUUCAUUUAAUCUAGACUUUGUAUUGAAAUAUGACUGAUUGAAUGUUGAGCUUUGAGUUUUUGGAAGCUGCUGUGACAGUUAACUAUAAACUGUCAAAUUGAAAUGCUUUUUUUAAUGUUUAUAUGCUUCAGUAGUGGGAUUUUACUGCAUGAUAACAUGUCCUAUUGUUUUCAGUCUUUUAAGUUGCUAAGAUCUUGGAACAAAUUAUCCACCCAAACAAGUCAGAGAUUCUUUAUUCAUGUUAAUUCAUGUGCACUUAAGAGCUCAACUCAGUCUCUGACUUGCCUCCGAACAUAAAACUAAUGAACCAUUAGCAAAUAUAAGUUCAGCCAAAUCCCCCGCUCUGUUCCUCGAACCAGUAGCCCAGGCUGUCCUGAAAUCAGCUAAUCAUGACCCUAUUCUUCCCAGCACCUAACACUGCAUUUCUUUGUAUGCAGAUGAUAUACUGCCCUUUACACAGAAUGUCCUUUAAUCUUUUCCCCCAUCAUCUACACGUCUUUAAUAAUUCCAGCCAGAUCUCAAGGAAAAUCGACAAAAUUACAUUUAUUUGUUCUUUUAUUCUUUUUAUUUAUCAAAGAUAACCCCUUGAGAUGUACCAUCUCAUUUUCGAGGGGGUCCUUACAUCCAAUUGAUACCUUCAUUCCACCAUAUUCUGUAACAGUUGUCCUAAGUUGGGAGGACAUCCAGCAUCAUUCCCUCAGUGGAGCAAUAAUGAUGUACAGACUUUAUAUUUUGGGGGACAUUUCAAGACAUUCAGAAGCACUUUAACUCACCUAAAGCUUUGUUUUCUUCUUCUCUCUGCAACUUUUCACAGCAUUGCACACCAGUGGUGGGAUGGCCGCUCAUCCUUUUCACAUGGCACUGACUAAGCCAUUCAGUUGUCUCUACUACUGAUGCUGUCCUUCCAUUAUAAGUGUGUGGAAGGAGGACCUGUCAUCUAAUGAUACCAAUCUGAACAACUAAUUUGGCACAACACACUGCUAUCCUCUAGAUUCUAGAGGAUAACUUUCUAGAGUUUAGAAAGUUAGCCACUUUAAUAAGUAGGGAAUGGGGGGAAGAUGGGGAUUGUGGUAUCUUUUUUUGUGUACGUGUAAUGUAUAUUAACUUGUAAGUGUCGCCUUCAUUUCCAGAGAUGUAUAAAGAAAUCUAAGUUCUUAA